AACAACAACAAAAUAACAGGAUUACUAGCUAAAGAAGUUACACGCUCAUGCUGAGACAGCAUGUAACGAAAAUGAUAGAACCUUACUUUCAGAAAUAUAAAUAUUUGGUUAAUGAAUGUUUGUAAAAUUACAACAACUACACAUCUAGAAUAUUAAAUCUGAUUUGUGAUUUGAUUAAUUGAUAACUGGACUAAAAUAAAAUGUCCAACGCAAACACGACAAAUAACAGGUCAGGGAGGAAAAGAUCUCAUCAUGAGCUGGAAGAUGGGGAUGAAAGCUUGCCAAUUUCUAAGCGCAUCAACUCGCUUCAUAUUGAAGCUGGAUCUCAAGUCUUUUCUCAGAUGAGUCCCAAUGAGAGCCAUGCCAGAUCAUAUCCUGCUUCAAGCAUCAAUUCUGUUGGAGGCAACACUCACUUUGAGCAGCAAGCCAAUGGCCUGCCCAUGGCUUGCAAUGGAAACUUGAACAAUGCUGCAUGCACUCCCUCUAACGGGGCAGCACAGUUUGGUGUGGACCAAGCUAAUGGUCCUGUGCAUCCAAAUUAUCUUCACUCUAUGAGUGAGCCGUACUCGUUGUACCCUAGUCAUGUGUCAGCACCCUCCUCUAGUCACCAAGGACACCAGCAGCAAGGGUUCCCUCCUCCUGUGGGGUGUCCAGGAAACAACCAACAGUAUCUUAUGCCAGGACAAUACUCAACCCCCAUGGGGUUUUCAAGCUCUGGGACCCAGCCCGAACCAUCCUCACCCUACCAGAGUGGUCUGCCUUCAUCUUACUUCCAGAAUGGCCAGAACCAGGUGUCUUACCAAAAUGGCCAAAAUUACCAAAAUGGCCAGCUGUCACCAUACCCCGCCAACCCAGCGGAGUGCCCGCCUUCGUCCUUCAGCUCCGCCUGCACCACUCAGCCAGGCGCGGGCUACACUCAGGAAUUCCACCUCCAACAGUUACCGUCUGGGAGUUACGAGCCCGAGCUAGGGGUCAGGGAGAAUCCCUACUACUUCUCCGUCAACCAGAUGUUGUAUGAGGCCCAUCUAAGUCGUGUCAGACGCUUAAACCCCUACCCUUGCAAUAACUAGACAUGAUGAGUCAUGUCAGACGGUUAAAUCCCUACCCUUGCAAUAACUAGACAUGAGUUUGGUGGGGUACCACAUGAUGGCAAACUAUUCAUAGCAUUUUAUUCUAAUUUUAUAUUUAUUUGCUAUUUAUUUUGUUAGAACAAGGAUAUAUUGUUCACUCAAAACUUGUUACUUACACGUUUUUAGGUAUUUCAUACACAAAAUCUUUCCAUAUUUGUUUACACAGAAGAGUCUGAGUCAAAAUUUCCAGGGCCAUUAAUGACAACGGGCACAGAAAAACAAAAAUGACAUUUCCAUAUAAAGCACAGUAAUUAACAUUUUAUAGUAUAUUUUACACUGAAUACACUGUAAUCAUUUUUAAAUAAUGUGUUAUUUAUUAAUUUUGAAUUUUUAAAAAUUAUGAAGCAUCAAUUAAUAUAAAGGCUCAUUAAGAUCCUCAUUACAUAAGUACUUUAAUAAAAAGUAACAAUUUUUCAAUAGUCCAAUCUUACAGAUGUAUAUCCUUUUUAAAGCUGUGUUAAAUUCAUGGGUGUGUAGAGUUGCCACAUUGGCAAAAUUUGUUUUCUCUUUUUCUGCUUUUUAGAAUAACACAUUUAAAAAUUCAUCUCUGACUCCCAUUAACCCUUUGUCUAACAUAGCCUUAUAUCUGUGAUGUUAAAAAAUUUAAAGGUUUUUAUGACAAUAGAAAAACACAUAUUCAGUGGUCAUUUUUUGGGGAAAUAAAAUAACAUUGUCAUAAUGUUAAACCUUUUUUUGGCCUGCAUUGUUUUAGUGGUGGGGCUAACGUUAGGGUCAAUUUUUAGGAUAGUGCUGGGGUUAGGAUUAGGCUCAAUGUUGGGAUUAGUUUUAAGCUCAGGUUUAAUGUUUGGGAUAGUGCUGGGGUUAGGAUUAGGCUCAAUGUUGCGAUUAGUGUUAAGCUCAGGUUUAAUGUUUGAGAUACUGUUAGGAUUAGGCUCAAUGUUGGGAUUAGUGUUAAGCUCAGGUUUAAUGUUUGGGAUAGUGCUGGGGUUAGGAUUAGGCUCAAUGUUGGGAUUAGUGUUAAGCUAAGGUUUAAUGUUUGAGAUACUGUUAGGAUUAGGCUCAAUGUUGGGAUUAGUGUUAAGCUCAGGUUUAAUGUUUGGGAUAGUGCUGGGGUUAGGAUUAGGCUCAAUGUUGGGAUUAGUGUUAAGCUCAGGUUUAAUGUUUGGGAUAGUGCUGGGGUUAGGAUUAGGCUCAAUGUUGGGAUUAGUGUUAAGCACAGGUUUAAUGUUUGAGAUACUGUUAGGAUUAGGCUCAAUGUUGGGAUUAGUGUUAAGCUCAGGUUUAAUGUUUGAGAUACUGUUAGGAUUAGGCUCAAUGUUGGGAUUAGUGUUAAGCUCAGGUUUAAUGUUUGGGAUAGUGCUGGGGUUAGGAUUAGGCUCAAUGUUGGGAUUAGUGUUAAGCACAGGUUUAAUGUUUGAGAUACUGUUAGGAUUAGGCUCAA